AUGUCUAUUACUAGUCUCUAUAAUUGUCUGUUUGUCAAAAAUUCAGAGUUUAUGUGGACGGGCGAUUUAUCUCAGCUAAAAGUACUGGUUAUAGACGAAUUAAAUCUAACUGGGCAAUGGUCUUCGCCAGGCGGUGAUGUGAAGCGGUUCUAGGGCGAAUCGGUCUCAAUAAAAUGGAAUCAAGACAAUAAAGAACUGGAGAUCUUAGGAAAAAACAAACAAGCCAUCGAGCAGCGACUUGAUAUAGGCAGUGGGAACCUAUUAACUCCCCAGCUGACAAAUGUCGAAGGUACAGAUAACGAUUAUGGGUGCUCCGUGACACGAAGUAAGACGGCAUCUCAGUUGACAAAUGUCAAAGCUACAGACAAUGUGACCCUAAAUAUGUCUGGUAACAGCGAAUCACCAGAGUCAAGUCCAUCGAUAAAUAAAAGCGAAGCAAGUGAUGCCUUAGCUAAGGUAUGUAACUAUGACUGUGAAUGUAUAAACAGGAGCCUAACAACUGAACUUGAAGGUAUUAAAUUAGACAUAGCAAUUUUGGAAGGCAAAUUAUUACCCGAAGUAAUUUCCCAAAAUGCUUCGAACACUAACUUACUUAAAGCUAAACAAGAAAAUAUGGAAGCCAUUAUACAGCAUCAAGAAGAAAUGAUUCAGAAACUUAGCGAGGAAAAUUCAGUUUUUAAAUCGAAACUUGUGUCCCAUGAAAAUCUAGUAUUUAGAUUAACAGGUAAUAACCAGGAGAACAAUGGUCGUGGGCCGGCAACUAAUCCAAUUAAUACUUCAAGCGUAAUGACACCCAUUAGCAGUGUAAAACUGCAUAAUUUAAACACAAACAAUUCAAGUUCAAUUAAUAGUCCAUCAGCAGUCAAAACGCCACUUAAUAUGAACAAAGUUUUUAAAUCGAAACUCUUCUCCCUUGAAAAUCUAGUAUUUAGAUUGACACGUAAUAACCAGGAGAACAAUGAUCGUGGGCCGGCAACUAAGUCUACUAUUAAUACUCCAAGUGUAACGACACCCAUUAGCAGUGUGAAACUGCAUAAUUUAAACACAAACAAUCCAAGUCCAAUUAAUAGUCCAUCAGCAGUCAAAACACCACUUAAUAUGAAUAGAAAUAAUGCAAGCCCAAUCGCCAGAAACGAUCAUGGUCCUACGAUAAAUACAACCAACAUCUCAACCGGAAGGUCAUCCUGUAACAGUGUACAACUGGAUGAUUUAGAACUAAAUGAUGCAAAUCAAAGUAUCACUGAAAUCCCAUCGGCUAUAUCUAAAACGUCAGCUAAGUCGAGGGAAAAUAAUGCAAGUUUAAUCACCAUCGAAAAUCCAUCUCCCAAACAAAAUCCAACUCAAAACUACUAUAAUCGCGACCCGAACAAAAAUAACAUUGAUUCUGCCAACACAGACAAAACGAAAAAAGCUCUAGUGGCAUGCCCGUUUCUGAAAAGGCGGGGAUAUUGUUUAAAGGGACACAAAUGUGACUUCUUACAUGAGAAUGUCCUACCUGGAACACGCGGGAAGACAUCUCCACAGAAGAGUGGUGAAAGAUCUCUUCCUCCUAACAUGCCACAAUGCAGUAAUAACCAAUUUCCUUUUCCGUACGACCCAAAUUAUUUCCCCCCGAUUCGUUUCCCAUGGUUUUAUCCCCUGUCUCAGCCGUUUCCGUACCCGUAUGUAGUACCUCCACAUAUGCCCCCACUGAUGAGACCCCCACCACUCAUGUCAAUAAUGACAAAACCUCCCGUACAUUGA